AGACCCAAAAUUACUCAAACCCACUUAACUAGCUUUUUCCUCCCUAACUCCCUCCCCUUGACAAAGAAGAUAUGGUUGAUGCAGAAGAGGAAAGUGAUGGCGCGUACAUGUCGAAAGUUAUCUGACAUAUUUUUUUUUAUAAUACUUAGUAGUGUGCGACAUGUAAGUUAUUGGAAAUCGUACUUGCUAAAUGUUGGUUAAUCUAUUUUUCGAUAAUCAAUCUAACAUUUGUCAAAAACAAGUUGAUGUGUCAAUAAUUCGAGUUCUUGAGAGACCUCCUCAAACGAAACCUACAUACUCAUAUUGGCCUAAAAUCAAAUUUGAACAUACUCGAAUACCCAUGAGCUUAACAAAUUAGGGUCAUCGGAAUUCAAACAGAAGACCUCUUGGUUACAAAAUGAUAUAAUAUAUAAUAUCAAAAAUUAGUUGAUCCCAAUAACUUGAAUUGUUGUGGAAUUUUCCAUAAUGGAUCUUACACCGCAUAUCAGUAAAGAAAUUCGAUAAGUAUUAGGACUAAAAAUCAAUAAACGAACAACUUGUAAUAACGAACUUGCAUGUUGGUGAAAAGUCGUUGAUACAAGCAAAGUAGGCAGACAUGGUCCAUUGAUUUCUGGAUGAGAAAGAGUGUACUGAAAGAACACAAAGAACUGCAGGAAUAAAGGGGGGAAAAAAUGCCAAGUGGAUUUGAUGAUUGGCAGUGGCUGGCUUGAAAAGAGCACAGCACUGGAUUAAAAAGAGGAUCGAUCGAACUGAGAAGAAUACCAACCCAUAAAAGUCAAAAGAACCUUCUUCCUUUCCUUUCCUUUCCUUUCCUUUCUUUUCUCUUCCCCAAUACAUAAAAGAAUGAGACCGAACAGUAAUGAAAAGUAAUUAACAAUUCACAGAACAGAGAUAUGGCGCUGGCUCUCUCUCUCUCUCUCUCUUGUUAGCAUAGCCUUAUAAACAUUCCCUUCCGAAGAUAGACGAAGGUUCCCUUGACCUUUUGCAGCUAGCUAUCUACUUGGCUUGCAUUCUGGCAGGUUUGUUUCAGUACUUAUGAUCAUCAAUACCAACUUGCACCGCGGAAGAAGAAAACGUGUUCUGUUCGCCCUCUCUCUCUCUCUCUCUCUCUCUCCGCCGACGCCAAUAAUAAUAUUCUGCUCCGCCGUGUUGUACGGUGGCGGUUGUUCCCUUUUUUUCAACUUUCCAGACUUGAGCAGCAGUACGACACACUCCCCUGCUUUCUUGGAACAAAAUUGCAGCAUUUAAAAUAAUGGUGAUGAUGAUAAUGGUAGCAAUAAUUAAAUUAUCGCGUUAUUCCUUUCCUUUCCUUUCCAUCGUGGAUUGAUGGGGCUAAAUCAUGCAUGCACCAGUUGAAUCUCCUUUGGGGAGUUGAAAAAGUCUCUGCUACUGAAUUAUAUUACAAGUGUUCUUCCCAUGAACCACUGCCCUUCCUUCCUCCAACCGCCAUUCUCCUUACUUAGCUAGCUUUGACUCCAGAGUCUCCUGUCCCUAUCUUUAUAUAAGUACUCUCCUUCUGCAGCUUUCCCACAUCGCCAUCUCUCAUACCCAACUCAGAAACAAAACAAAAAAACCAAACCCCUCGCUUGGAUUUCAAAAACACUCUUCUCCCUCCUAAACCCAGAAGGAAGAACUUCAAUUGCUUUCUGCCACGCCGAAAUCAACAGCACGAAACAAAGGAAUGGGGAUUCUCGACAUUCUCAAGAGGCAGUCUUCUUCUUCUUCCUCCUCUUCUUCGACAUCGUCCUCAUCAUCGUCAUCUUCAUCAUCGCGAUCUCUGUCGUCUUCUGCCAACGUGAGACGGGGUUCGAGGAGGAGCGUUCCCAAAGGUCACAUUGCGGUGUACGUUGGACAAAUGGAGAGGAAGAGGUUCAUAGUUCCAAUCUCAUUUCUCAGCAACCCUAUGUUCCUGGAAUUGCUUCAGCUAGCUGAGGAAGAGUUCGGCUACAAUCCGCCGCAGGGUGCCCUGACGAUCCCCUGCCACGAACACGACUUCAUCGCCGUCAUCGCUUCUCAUUUGACCUCCUAGAUCACCAAUAAUCUCACAGAGACACAGUCCACAAGUAUACUUAGAGAAUGCAUACAUAUAUACUGAGCCUUCCUGGAAUCGUAAGAUAAAUACAGGAGGGUCGUUUCAAUUGUAACAAACACCAUACAUUUUUCCUCCCAUUGUAGAGUUGCAGCUGAUAGCGGAUUUAUUUUUCAUCCAACAAUGCUAUCACAGCUUCUUCUUUCUUUUUUCUUUCUUCCAGCUACUCGAAUCUCUUCAAAAUCGACAACCUGUUUCAGUUGCCGGUAUUUUACAGGGC